CAAAAUAAAUUUUGAAAGAAAAGGGAUAUUAGUGCCAAUUUUUCAAACCGGAGGGAUACGCUGCUCACAUAGUUUACCCUCUUAGCUCAUUUUUGUGAGUGAAUUAAAAGUUUAAAGAUCUAGUUACAACCCAAAACCCCUUUUAGGGAGGAUUUCUUGUACUAAUGGCAUAGGUUUGAAUUGGUCAAUAGUCACCAUGGACGGAGACAGUGGUGGACCUCUUUUCUUUCCUCAACAUUCCCUCCCACACUCAUCAUUGAGUGAGUAUGUCACUUAUGACCAAAGACGGAAAGACCAAGUAAAAAAAAAAAGAACUCGGUUUCCCAUUCAAACCUCAGUCUCUCUCUGACUUUUCUUUUCUGAACUUUCUUCCACAUACCCUUUUGUGUCAUCCCAAUGAUUCCACUCAAAAAGUCCUUCCACUCUUUUAUAUACAACUCCCUUGUUCCCAAAACCCAAUCUAAAUAGGUAACAAUUCCAAAUCCCGUGACCCAAACGAAAUGGAGCGCGGUUUGAGCUGGGAGGACAACACGGCUUUGGUCGCAGAGCUAACCCAAGGGAUGGAAUGUGCCAAGCAGCUUUGCGCUGCUUUGCACUCCGAUGAACCUUCAUCCGAAACUCGCCACUUUCUCUUGGAGAAAAUACUGGCUUCCUACCACAAAUCCCUCUUGCUUCUCAAACCACCGCCCGAAUCUUCCAUCUCUGGGGAUGGAAGCUCGCCGAGUGGGGGAAUUGACAAGAGCCGGGACGUGGGAAGAAAUGUGACGAAAAAGAGAAAGUUGAUGCCAAAAUGGACGGAACAUGUUAGAGUUGGCACUGAAAAUGGACUUGAAGGUCCUCCUGAAGACAGAUAUAGUUGGAGAAAGUACGGGCAGAAAGACAUUCUUGGAGCAAAAUAUCCAAGGAGCUAUUACAGAUGUACGCACCGCAAAGUGCACAACUGUUGGGCCACGAAACAAGUGCAGAGAUCCAACGGUGAUCCAAACACAUUUGAGAUCACAUACGCAGGGGCACAUAUAUGUGGCCAAACACCGCCAAUGAAACAAGAACCGGAACAAAACAUACAACAAAAUGAUGAUGAUCUCACAAUGCAAACAAGCCAGGCAUUAAUGGAAUUCAGUUUAAACUCGGACGACUUUGAAGGGAAGGAGACAAUGUGUCAUUUCUCCUUCCCUCAAACAUUAUUAACAGAUGAGAAUCAGCCAUUCCAAACUUUGCGGAAAGUCGCGGGGAAUUACUCACCGACUUCCUUUGUUUCACCUGCCACUACCGACUCGAACUACCACUCCGUGUCUUAUCAAGAGGCUAGCAGCUUUGGGGGAGUUCAUAAUUUGCACCAUUCGCAUUCAUCAGACCUCACAGAUUUAUUCUCAGCCACUACUUCGUCCACAAACUCUCCCAUUGUGGGCUUGGACUGCACAAUUGAUCUACCAAAUUAUGACCCAAACUUCCUCUUUGAUGCCUCAGAGUUUUUCCCGUGAUCCCAUGUAGUUAGUAUACAUGAAGAAAAAAGAAAGGCAAUGGUACAGUAGGGGCUCAAUCAAUAAGUUUGGCAUUU